AAAGAUAUCAAAGGGGCUUUGAAAGCAUGUGAAGUUGGAGUAAAUGAAUCUGAUUGGGAAACUGCGGACUCAUCUGUGGAUUAUAGUACAUUAACCGCUAUUGGUAUUGACGACGGCGAAGAAUUUCUGGCUUUUAAAUUAACGCAGAACAUUUUGCAAGAGCUAGCAUAUGGAACCGAUGCAAUCCAGAAUACUGAUAAAUUGUUCACAUUAUAUACGAAAAUUUUCCCCGAUUAUGGAACUAGUUCACCGAUUGAUUCGAUAUAUGACACGUCUAACCCACCAACAUCGACAAUAGCUUCCGUCUCAAAAGUUAACAUGAGUACAACUAGUUUUCGCAGUAUUUCUAGUGUUACGGAAAAGAAAGAUGGAAAUAUUAACUCAGAAGGAUCAAUAUCAGGUCUCUUUAUUGGUAGCAAGGACACUUUAGACGUUCCAAAAGCAAAUUACGCACCUUCGAUUGCUUCCUCUAGGAACUCGGCAUCGUCUCGACUCAGUCCUACUCCUACCAUUGCUGGUCUCUCUUCGAAAUCCACU